AUGGAGAAGUAUGGUUUUGGUUUGACUCGCAAGGAAGUGCUUGAAGUCGUUGGUCAAUAUGUGGUCGAAAACAAUAUCGAAACCCCGUUCAAGAAUGGUACUCCAGGAGAGGAUUGGUUCCUUGCUUUCAAAAAAAGACAUAAUCUUUCCGUCAAAAAACCACAGCCGGUAGAAUAUGCACGUAAAAAAGCAUGCAACCCUGCUGUAAUUUAUCCUUAUUUUGAUUUACUGGCGAAAACAAUUGAUGAUUUAGGUUUACGUGAUAAACCGUCACAUAUCUGGAAUGCUGAUGAAACUAGUUUUAGUAAAGACCCGAGCAAAUCAAAAGUAGUAGGACUCCGAGGCUACACGUCAACUAGAACCAUCUCAUCUCCAGGAAAGACUAAUACUACAGUACUUUUAGCGUGCAAUGCUGCAGGUGAAAAAGCGCCGCCGCUAAUCGUGUUUAAAGGGAAAAGCGUUUGGGACACAUGGACGUCAGAAGAUGGGUACCCCGGAACUCGAUAUGCUGCGACUUCAAAUGGCUGGAUGGAGUCGUCAGUAUUUGAAAAUUUUAUUCAAAAGAUUUUUUUGCCAACUGUUGGAGAGAAACGCCCUAUCCUCUUACUUUAUGACGGUCACUCUACACACUUGGGUAUUAACAUCAUACAAAAAGCACGAGAGGAAAAGAUAACAAUUAUGAAAAUCCCACCUCAUACAAGCGACAAUUUGCAGCCAUUGGAUAUUGCCGUGAACAAAUCGUUUAAGGAUAAAUGGGACGUCGAAUUAGUAAAGUGGCAAAGAUUGAACGUUGGCAAAGUUUUGCCAAAUAAAGAUUUCUCAAGAAUUAUAGGACAAGUAUGGGGUCAUAUCAAUCCCCUUGUAUGUGCGGCAGGUUUCCGUAAAGCUGGAAUAUAUCCGUUAAAUAAAAAUGCCAUCCCUGAAAAUAAAUUUGAUCCAAUUCUAUUAGCUGAAUGGAAAAGAUCUGCAAAACUGACGAAGAAGACGAACGAAGAGAUGAGCGAAAGACCAAAAACCUCAGUAGAUCAACCUGUUAAAAAACCUGAUAAACUUAGAAAAAUAGCACUAGCUUCUGUUAAUAAAAUAUUAUUUGAGGCACAAGUAGCUCCUCAACAUAUUUCAAUGCAUACAAUCUCUUUAGAAAAUGUCUGUCCCAUUUCAAUAAAUGAUGUUUUGAAUAAACGGAGUCAAGGAAAAGACGCACCAUUGGCAAACAUCACCAAUGUUCAACAACGUUCAAAGGUUCAGAUUCUUGAUAACCAACCGGUAAUUACCAAUAUUACAUUUGAACAGUUGCUCCUAAGGUCUGUUAAACCGGGAAUAUUAUCAUUUAUUGCAAAAAGGAAGAAAGUAGCGGCUGGCGCGGAAGUUAUCACCCACGACGAAGCGUAUGAAAGAUGUAAAGUAAUGGAAGGAGAAAAACAACAAAAGUUACAAAAACAACAAGAAAAAAACGUAUCCGAUUGCGUCAGCUUGCAUGAUGAUUCUGAUAUUGUAGACUUAAUUGAUGAGGACUCAGAUUUACCUGAGGAAGACUUUGACAUUAUUAGAAAUUUAGGUUACAUAAACUUUAUUCCAGACCUUGAAAAUAAUAACAUUACUGAUGAAAAAAACAAAGUAACAGAGACUGUUAUUGGAUCAGGAAUAAGGACAAUACAGGCAGAGUCAGUUAUUAGUAAUAUAACAAAUGGAAGAAAAAAGGCGACAGAAAUAGUUACCGGAUCAGAAGAAAGGAAAAUGGCGGCAGAAGCAGUUGAUAGCAACUGGGAUGAGAAAAUAGAGAAGGAAGGACGUAAGGAAAUGAAUUAUGCAAUUAACAACAAUGUGAUGGUCAGAAAUAUGUUUUUAAAAUAUGACAUUAAAUGUCCAACAAAUAUAACAUCAAAUGAUCAAAUUGGAUUUGGUGUUGCUAAAUGGAGCCAUAUAAAGGAGUUUUAUGAAACAGAUAACACCAAUCCCAAUUUUGUGUUUGCACCUUUCUUAAAACUAGAACAUUUAAAUCCAAAUACGAAGCAGAAGAUGAAGGUGAAGCUAGCUGCACAAGUGUUAAGCCACUCAGUUGCUGCAGGAAUGGGAACUCUCUUCAGAGGCCGUCACUACUGCUAA